AUGUCCCACCGCAAGUACGAGGCUCCUCGCCACGGUUCGCUGGCCUUCCUGCCCCGCAAGAGGGCCGCCCGUCACAGGGGAAAGGUCAAGAGCUUCCCCAAGGAUGACCCCAAGAAGCCCGUCCACCUUACCGCCACUAUGGGCUACAAGGCCGGUAUGACCACCAUCGUCCGUGACCUUGACCGUCCUGGUGCCAAGCUCCACAAGAAGGAGAUCGUCGAGGCCUGCACCGUCGUCGAGACCCCUCCGAUGAUCGCCAUCGGUGUUGUCGGCUACAUCGAGACUCCCCGUGGUCUCCGUUCUCUCACCACCGUCUGGGCCGAGCACCUGUCGGAUGAGAUCAAGAGGAGGUUCUACAAGAACUGGUACAAGAGCAAGAAGAAGGCCUUCACCAAGUACGCCAAGCAGUACUCCGAGAACAGCGGCAAGUCCAUCACCCGCGAGCUCGAGCGCAUCAAGAAGUACUGCACCGUCGUCCGCGUCCUGGCCCACACCCAGAUCUCCAAGACCCCUCUCAAGCAGAAGAAGGCCCACCUCAUGGAGGUCCAGGUCAACGGUGGCAGCAUUGCCGAGAAGGUCGACUUCGCCCACGGCCUCUUCGAGAAGCCCAUCGAGGUCAGCUCCAUCUUCGAGCAGGACGAGAUGAUUGACGUCAUCGCCGUCACCAAGGGUCACGGUUUCAACGGUGUCACUUCCAGGUGGGGCACCAAGAAGCUUCCUCGCAAGACCCACAAGGGUCUGAGGAAGGUCGCCUGUAUCGGUGCCUGGCACCCGUCCCACGUCCAGUGGACCGUUGCCCGUGCCGGUCAGAUGGGUUACCACCACCGUACCUCGGUCAACCACAAGAUCUACCGCAUUGGCAAGGGUGACGACGCUGGUAACGCCUCGACUGAGUUCGACGUCUCCAAGAAGACCAUCACUCCCCUCGGUGGCUUUGUCCGCUACGGUGAGGUCAAGAACGACUUCGUUCUCCUCAAGGGCUCUAUCCCCGGUGUCAAGAAGAGGGUCAUGACUCUGCGCAAGUCCAUGUUCGUCCACACCAGCCGCAGGGCUCUGGAGAAGGUCGACCUCAAGUGGAUCGACACCUCGUCCAAGUUCGGUCACGGUGCUUACCAGACCCCCGCGGAGAAGAGGCAAUACCUCGGCACGCUCAAGAAGGACCUUCAGGCCUCUGCUUAG